AUGUCAUCCAGCUGGGAGAUGAGCGCGGCGCUCUCCGCGGAAGAGCAGAAACGUCGCGACGCCGUCUUGGAGGCCAUCAUGGACAUCACAAACUACGAAAAGGCCUUUAUCGAAAGCUUCUUUAAGAGGAGCGAAGACAAGGUUGCCGGCUAUCUAGCCAGAAAAGACUUCCUGCCGACGUUGUCGGCCAACUACUUCUCCUGGUCCGUCGAGAGACACCUUUGGGCGGCAAUCGUCCGCGAGAAAGAGGACUCUAACAGUCCAAAAUUCCCCUUCGCCGCUGCUCCCGACAAGUACGGUCCGCCGUAUAGCGAAAUCUUUAUAUCCCACCUCGCCGAGAAGGGCGCCGAGUCCGACAUAGCCGGCAGACUCCGCGAGCUCGAGCACAUCGCCUUCGGACAGCCGAGCGGCGAGCAGCGAGAGACGCCCGCCGGGCUCAAGCGCUACACCGAGUUUCUCAAGGCGCUUUGGACGAAGAUGUUUGGCUGCAUCGCUCGCGACCCCGACGAGACCAAUACCGUCGCGCAGCGUACCGCCUUCCUCCUCGGUGGUCGGGAGGUCGCCCUAAUCGUUAUCACCAACGACGAGAAGCAAGUUUUCCUCGCCCUCGACUUCGAUAAGAAAGGAGAGAAGGAGAAUCCUGCGGUCCAGUACCGAUUCCAGAACGCCUGGCUCGACCUCCUUUGCCUGAACGUCCAAUGGCUGAGCGGCAGGAACGUCAACAUCCUUACCUACCUCGACGAGCUUAACGUCAACCACCUCGGAGCUCGAUUCCUACACGUCGCGGCGGGGACGGAGAAGGAGCUCCUGGCGCGCCAGGAUCGUAUACAUAAUGAAGUACGAAAGGCGCGCGAUCUUCGUCCCGACGAUCCCGAGCGGGCUGUCAUCCUGCUGCGCUUCCAAGACCGGCAGGUCCGCGCCGUCGCCAAGCGCGAAGCCUCCAUGAUAGUGCCUAUCGGGGUAUCUACUGCAAACUACGAUGCCAGCUUCGCCAGAAUAGUUAGCCUCGUGCGAGACAAGCGCUUCUGCUGCAUCCCCAAGGAUGAGCUGAUAGCCAUGGUCGAGACGCAGGCCAUCAACCUCGUCUCUCUCCACGUCAAGAUGAGCCUAGAUCGUUCCGAGAGCCCGCGCGAGUUCGAGCUACGUACGGUUAAAGAUCACCUUAUUUCUAUAGCGCCAUAG